CCUAGCUAGCUAGCUAUCUAUAUAUGCAGUAGUCACUGAAGAAGUAGCAGUAGUAGAGAAAUGGGGAGGCGAAAAGUGGAGCUGAAGAGAAUAGAGAGUUCGAUCAGCAGGCAGGUGACCUUCUCAAAACGCCGUACCGGCAUCCUAAAGAAGGCCUUUGAGCUUUCCGUCCUCUGCGAUGCUGAAGUUGCCCUCAUCGUUUUCUCUCCCUCCGGCAAGCUUUAUCAAUAUGCAAGCCAUGACAUAAAUAGAACGAUUGCGAUGUAUAGAAGUGAAAUAGGACUCCCUCAAUCAAGUAACCCUGCAUGCUCUACAAGGAUUGGAACCAUGGAGUUACGGAGGAUUAAUGAAACUGAAGAGUUAAGAAGGUCAAUACAGAAAUUGGAAAUGAGGCUCAAGAACUUAGCUGGAGCAGAGCUAUCAAUGCUGGGCAUGCAAGAGUUGAAACAGCUAGAGAGACAGUUAAAAACUGGGGUUCAACGCAUCCGCUCUGAAAUGACACGGAUCACUUCGGAGAAUAUCCGCAUGCUGAAAAAGAAGCAUAAAGCACAGCAAGAGGAAAAUAGGCUUCUGCAGAAAAGAGUUAAGUUGCACGAGCUUGAUCAAUAUGGUAAUGCAAGCUGCUCGAUAACAUUGGGAGCAAGUGCACGCAAUGUGAUUAAUGCAUUUCAGACCUAGCUAGGGUUCUUCUUCUUCGUCAGGAUCGAUAUUUGCUGCUGUAAUGCUGUCAUACGCGCUAAACAAGCAUCAAAUUAAAACGAUCAUUUCCGCGAUCCGACCCUGGAGCUAGAGAUAUCUAGUACUUACUAUGAAAAGGCACAGAUGUUUAUUUAUUUUCGUUUUUGUAUUUUUGUUUGAACAAGAACUACUAUGUACGUUUUCUGUUUUUUUCUUUCCUGUGUAUGGAAUUGUUGGGGUGUACGUAUUGGUUUUGAUGCAUGUAAUUAACGCUGUUGCACAAGUGUAUAAGCUCUAUCAAAAUAUAUGAUUGUUUCUUUUAAUGUGAUA